GAUCGCUAAAUGUGAACCAGUUUUGCUCAUUGCAAUCCAGAUAUUGGGGUUGGUUGUUCUGGUGCUAUUCAAGACUUUGGUUGUUUGAUACACCCUUAUUUAGUAAUCAAUUUCCCAUGAAUACGGCUGUGAUUGCAGCUGGAUAGCUCUGAUGAAGCAAUGCUUGUCAUUUUAUUGACAGCCAACCAAGGGAGUGGAUAUGGAGUAUCUAGCCCUAAUAUAUACCGUUAAUAAGAAAUUGAGUAAGCAUUUUGGUUAGUAUGGGACGGUAAAAAACAUUAUUACGAUAUUUCAGCCAUCAAGAGCAAGUUGUUUACAGUCACACGAGCAUUGCUAAAUCGGCUGGGAACCCUUUUACAACGCGCAAGCUAUGGGUAUAUCAUUUUGGUUCAGCCUGAAUUGGAUUGUAUAAAUAAUACGACAUCUCGCUGCGCUAUUCUUUUUUGGUGAUUGCUUCUAGCUAUUGACUGUAUUGGCUCAUUAUGCAAGUGAAUUCUAUAUGUGCAUCCACAGACAACGAUUGCGCAUUACCACGUCACUCUACUGAACAAACCUGUACCAAACCGCAAAUUCAGCUCUCCGUCGAUACACAUACUGCCCAAAUGACAUCGCAGUCUCUUUCAACACUGCCACUAGGCAUGAUUCAAACCACUAAUCAGGAGGUGACAAGCCUAGAAACUGACAAUUCAUUACAAAAAUCCUCGACGCAUACACUGCAAGUGAACGCAGGUUCUGCUAAUAUGGGCCAAGAUACAAAUCAUACCAACACUGUACUUGAUAGUACCCAACUAAACUACCAGGCAUACAUUGUUCAGCAACCAGUAACUACUCUGGCCUGCGGUAUAUCGUAUAUUGGACCUCAGCCUAUUGUUCCCAUCGAACCUUGUUUGGCGGUCCAACUAAGAUUGGUUUCAGCACCACAGGCCAUAGACAAAAGGCACCAUAUAUUUCUUAGCUCAGGUUCACUGAUUGCUCAUGCAUAUCUAACAUCCGUUGAUGGAACAACGGAUCUAAGUAGUUUUGUUCGUAGCACACAGAGUUUAAUAACAAAAAAACGACGGCAAUCUGUACCCACUCAACAAUCUAAAAAAUCCGUGGCAUCUAGAAUUCCUCUUCCUGCUAUUUGCACCCCAACUUCGUUUACUGGUCAUUUGGAUUCAAGCUCGACUCAAGCAAAUUCUAAAUCAACUUGCUUUGAUGGUCACGUUGAUUUGCUUGACUUGACUUUUGCUAAUCCAGAUAGUCGGACUGAAGCAUCAUCAGCAUGGUCUCCUGCGCCUUAUAAUUCAUCACUAUCAUCUCAAUAUUCGGGUACUUCAAGUACAAGUCCAAUGUCCAAUUUAAACAAAUGGGUAGAUAAAAGCUAUGCAGAUUCCAAAGAAUCAAUGGCCCGCUCUCGCAGUUCAACUUACGAUACUUCAGAGGAACAUAGUGCCAAGACGUGGAAGGACGUUACAUUAUCAUUUCUCUCGUUCAACUAUGCACAAAAACCAAUGCGAUCAUUGUAUGGCCGACAUGUUGCCGAAGCAAGUAUGGUGAUGGGAUUGGAUGAUGUACUUGGAGUAUUCUUUUUUUUCCCCGAUCUGGGAGUUCGUAUUCCAGGAACAUUCCGUAUCAAAGUAGUUAUAUCAGAUAUAUCUAGCUGUACCAGUCGGGUUGAUCCAAAACAAGCAUGUAAAAGUGGUACGGUUUUAGCAGAGGUCUUAUCGGACCCAUUUGUUAGCCAUACCUCGGCCACAUGGGGCGGACAUUACAAACCAACAGACAUAUCCAAACACUUUACCAAACAAGGUGUUCAUAUUCCGUUUUUCAAGCAGCGAAAGUCGCUGGAAGGAUAGCAAAAAUGGUUAUAUUAGAGUCAUAUUCACGUCAAAUGGAAUAUUUUUGUAUCUAUCUUGAAUUGACUGUUUUGUUUUGGAAUAGACAAGGACUGAAUAUUCGUUGUUUCCUACUAGAAAUGGAUUGCCUUUUCAAU